AGUUUGGGGUCUCUUGAGUGGAACAUGGGCUCUCCGAAAAAAGGGGCGGAAGGAAGGAAGGAUCCUAGAGACUAACAGAGCAGAGAGAGGAGCAAGAGAUGAAAGUGAAGAGUUUCUGUGAAAUCGACGAGGGAGGUGUAGGUGUGUCUGCAGAGAUGGAUGUCGCUGUGCAAGAGGUAGACAUUCCGUCAGAAGACGGUACUCAGACAAAGUACUUCCUGCGUGUGGAUUGGAAGGGGUGGGACUUUGGCUGCGGCUUCAACAUCCUGCUGACUGACGGACAGCUUGCCUGGAAAGGAGAGGUGACGGAGGAUGUGUUGUGCAGCGAGGCGGAGGAGCUGGAGAUGCAGAAGGAGAGGUACGUCCAGGACCUCCGUCAGGCUCUGACCGGCACAGAGACCUCCGUCACGUACAACUUCACCCUGACACCCCAUCCGACGGCCACCACCACCUCCACCAGCUGCACCACCACCACCACCCUGGCCUACGAGAAGGUGCAGAAGGACAUCUCGUUCCGGCUGGGUUCGGUGGAGCUGGGGUCCGUGGCGGAGCCGGUGGAGGCGGUGAGAGAGCUGCUGGAGCUGGGGGUCCGGAGGGCCGGCCGCCUGAAGCGACAGAACCACCGCCUCCAGCAGGAGAACCACAGCCUCGGCGAGGAGCAGAAGCACAUGACUGCAGAGCUGCGGCGGUAUGCCGAUGGGAAGCAGGCGCUGGAGGCGGAGCUGUUCUCCCGCUUCGUCCAGGUGCUCAACGACAAGAAGGCCAAGCUCCGCACACUGCAGCAGACAAACACCAGGAGUUCCGAAAAGCCGAGCAAAUCAGCCCAGAGCCCGGGCCAAGCAUCACACCAGGAAGAGAAGUUUGAGGAUGAGUACGGUGGCAGUACGGAGGAGGAGGAGGAAGAGGAAGGGAGAGGAGAGGAAGCUGCAGGCCCAGCCACCGCCACCUCGGCCUCCCAGGACGCCGACAGCGAUUCCCUAUUGGCCGACGAGGCCAACGACAUCACGGACGUGGCGCCCUGCCGCAAGCGGCGCUUUCGCCACCUCGCCGCGCCGGUUGAACCCGUGGCCAAUCAGGCGCCCCCGGAGACGACCUCCAGACACAAGUCCUCAGUUAGGAGGCUAGGGAGGAGGAGGAAGGAGAUGAGCAAAAGACGGAGGGCGAAGGAGAUGCAGCGUCAUGUCUGAGGUGUUAUGGGCGAGGGAAGACCAGGAGAAGAGGAGGAGGAGGAGGAAGUGGCAGAAGGAGAUUGGAGGAGGAGAAUGAGGCGACAGGAGGCGACGCAUCCAUUAGCUUUGCUUGACUUGACGCAGGAGCCAGAGAAGAAGAAGUUUUGUUGUUUUUGGUUUUGUUCCCGUUUGUUUCGUUCAGGGAAAUGCGUGUUUACGUGAACCUAGAAUGAAAAGUUCCUCUAAUCCACUUUAAUUUAAGAGCCAACAAGGAGCCAUGCACCCUCUGAUCCCAAACCGCACUCCUCUCCUCUCUCACUCUCUCUCUCUCACUCUCUCUCUCACUCACUCUCUCCCUCUCUCCCACUCUCUCUCUCUCCACCCAGACAUAGGGGCUGCGCCAACUAUCAGCUUGUAGCAAGGAGCCGCGCUAAUCACUCCAAGAUCUGGAACGCAUUGAGUGUCAUUUGCAUGAGCGCCUAAUGCCAGCUUUAAGAUGGCUUUUGAAGCAGGCUUGAGCGCCCGAAAAGAGGGUUAUUCCAGGUCGCAGUUUGUACACUGCAUGCCGUCUCCCCCCUCGUCCCCCUAUUCUGAAAACGUGCGUUGAUUUUGAGCUUGUUACCGCGGUAAAGGAUACCUUGGUUAUGAAUGGCACGAGCUAUGAAUGUGGGUGGCUUUUUUGGGAGAAAGGGAAAUGCUUUGGGAUGAUUGAGUUAGUGGCGCAGUGGGGCGAGGGAGGGGGGGAGGCCUUUCAGAUUAAGGGGUACCGUAUGUAAUGAUACCCCUGCCAAGCCCGGGAAAAAUGCUGCUCUUAUUCUCUCUAAUGGCAAAGGUAGCGCAUAAUUGGCACAGAGCUGCGCACUUCCGGCCGUAUAACAGGGGCUUUUAACGCGCGAGUGUGUGCGUG